GGAAACUUAAUCAGAGUGCGCAGGAGUCUUAUAGGUCCGAGAGUGAGAGGCGGGAGGGGCGCAGGGGACCAGACACUCGGGUUACCCUACUGAUACACAGACCCCAGCAAGCGAGGAGAGGAACAUUAGACUCUGACCCAGCUGGCGGAAGGCAGUCACGCCGGACACACACACAGCUGCUCGAGGGGUCCAAGUGAGAGGGCAGGGAGUGAGAGAGACACAGGGAAGGCAGCGGACCGGACGGCUGCCCUCUUGCUUCCUUCUCAACACAGCAGGUUGUGAGAGAGACCUGGAGACAAUGACGCCCCUCCUCCUGUUCUACGGGGUAUUCUGCGCCUCUUGGCACCAGGUAUACCCAGAAGCGACGACAGACAGAGAACAACUGUCGACCCACUUCGACCCCGCUCAUGACAGCCCUGAGUCCCUGGGGGGUGAACAGAACACGGGCGACGGGGCACUUCUGCAGGAGCACGGGUCGGGUCCAGGCUCUGGAUGGCAGAACGAUGAUUGGUCAGCUGCGAAAGACUCUCUGGAUGUCAGAAGAGCUCAAAGACUGUUGUCAAACUUGAGAGAAAAUUUUCAUGUCGAUGACAAUUACAUUGAAAACCUUCCGUCGGAUCUCCGGGGAGAUUUGACGGCAAGUUUAAAAGGGAGUAGGUUUUGGACGACCGGAAACGAUGAUUCUCAAGUAGUAAGAGAAGUGAAGAAGGCGAGGCAGGAAGAGGAAGGAGAACUGAAUUCCUUGUCGCAGAAUGAGGACUAUUUGGAGAGCAACAAUGAUUUGAACAGCAAUGAACUGUGGAGAAACAGUCCGGACGACGUCGACGCACGAAGCCCAUUAGAACAGAGGGACAGAAACAGCCCGGACCAGUACGAUGCCCGGCAGCAGGAAAACAGACCUCCUAAGAAAGACAUCAGCAGGACACAGCACGAACGGUGGACGGAAGACACCAGAGAUGAGCACAUGAAGCGAAAAAGAAAGCGGCAGCAGAAGAUGAAGCUGAAGGAGACGCUGCAGGAGGCGAGGAACGAUCGUCAGCAACAGAAGCAGAUCGUGAACAAUGAAGGACAAUCAUCUCCCCAUAUCGUCUUCAUCCUGGCAGACGAUCUGGGCUACAACGACGUGCCGUGGCACAAUCCGGACAUUCAGGCACCGGAGCUCCUGAAGCUGGCCCGGACGGGGGUGCUGCUGGAGAAUCACUACGUCCUGCCGCUCUGCGCGCCCUCCAGAGCCGCUCUCCUCACCGGCCUCUACCCCUUCAGAUACGGCAAACAGGCCUCAGCCCGACCACUCAGCCCCACUGGUCUCAACGCCUCCAUCACGCUUCUUCCUCAGCGACUCAAGACCUUUGGGUACAGAACUCACCUCGUUGGCAAGUGGCAUCUGGGUUACUGCAGCUGGGCCUACACUCCUACAAACCGAGGGUUCGAUUCCUUCUACGGCUACUACUUGGGCAGCCAGACCUACUUUUCACGAUUCAAGAAACUCUCGCCAAAGAAAGGUUCGCCAUUCUGGUACGACCAGAAUGAGGUGGUGAACGACGACGACGACCUCCACCGACGACCCCCGGACACGUCCCACCACGAGCUCAAGCUCCAGCACCAGCUGACGGAGGAGGCGGCGAAACACGCCACUACCAAGGGCGGGGCAGGGCAGGAUUGGCUCACGCCCGAACACAUGGCGGACGGCGGCUACGACUUCCGCUUCAACCACCAGCCCAUUACCAACGUGUCCGAAAUAUACUCCAACGACCUGUACGCCACCCGGGCGGAACAGGUGAUCCAGGACCACGCCUCCCGCACCCCUGGAGAUCCGCUCUUCCUCCUGCUGUCGCUACAGGCGGUCCACGGCCCCGUCGAAGUGCCCCUCAAGUACAGGCGAAUGCACAGGAGCGAGAUGAACCUCGACAGGAGAACCUUUCACGGGAUGGUGAGCGCUAUGGACGAGGUGGUUGGACGUGUGGUGGCACAGCUCAAGGCGUCUGGUCUCUACCACAACUCCGUUAUCGUCUUUACCAGUGAUAACGGAGGCAACGUCCGGGCUGGGGGCAACAACUUUCCCCUCCGGGGGAGCAAGGGGAGCUUGUUCGAGGGGGGAACGAGGGGAGUGGCCUUCAUCCACUCCCCUCUCCUGCCUCGCACCGGCUACAAGUUCACCGGACUGAUGCAUAUGGUGGACUGGCCCAAGACGCUGAUACAUCUGGCUUCCGGCAAGCACCUGGUCGCCCGGCAGACGCCCCGACUGGAGCAACACCUCCCUCGACCCUCCUGGCCUGGGGGCCUCUUCUCCGACGGCGGCGAGGAGGAGUCUGAAGACGACGACGACGACGAGGAGGCAGAGGAGGAGGAUGAUGGGGACGGAGAUGGGAUGAAUCUGUGGCCGGCCAUAUUGAAGAAUAGGAAGUCCCCUCGUACCUCCUUUGUGUAUAACCUCCGCAAGCAGCCCAUGAGAGGCGCCAUUAGACACAAGAACUGGAAGCUGGUGGUGGGCGGCGGUGGGCGGUUCGACGGGUGGGUGCCGCCCUCAGACGUGGCGGGCGGGGCCAUCUCAAGUUGCUGCUCCUCCUGGCACUCUAAGACGCCCAUAAGCAACGUCAUGCUUUACAACCUCAAAGACGACCCCCUGGAGACGACGGACGUCUCUGACCUCCGUCCAGAUGUCGCAGCUAACCUGAAGGCUCGACUCCGUGCCUAUGUCCUCGAGAGCCGUGAGCCUCACAGCCCCCGAGACGAUCCUAGGGGACACCCGCGCCUCCACGGGGGUUUCUUCUCCCCUGGCUGGUGCCAACCCCUUGUGUAAAAAAUAGAGUCCCAGUGGAUGGUAGGAAGCGUCCCAAGGCAACACAGUUUCAACAGUGGCUCCAGCACCACCACUGUGGUCCAGCUUCGUCGUGUGAGAACCAGCAUUGGAGGUUCACAAAAACCUCUUCAGUCUCCGCUGAGGGUUCUCGAGUUCUGGGAUGGUUUCAGCCAUCGUUUGAAGCGCUAUAGUUUUUUUGACUAUUAGAAACCUACAGGAGCCCACUAAUCCCUAGUUGGGGGAGAGGGCUAAUCUCACUUGGAUAGUGGUUGCUCAUCAUGUGAAACUUCUCUGAGAGACGGCCAGGAAGCCUCCAGGGCUAGGAUUCGCGAAGCAUUUAUGUGUCUACUCGCGAAGUCUCUACGUCUUAUCGUAGACAUCGUCGAGAUACAAGGCCACAGACCUAAGUGAAAUCGUAAAUGAUUUGUGAAUCCUGAUCCAGAAACGUCACCAGUGUUCAGUGGGGGGGGGUUAGUAUUCCAGCAGCCCAUAGUGGGAAACCUCAUUAAAAGACGGCCAGGAACCCCCCAAAAAGAGCUGUCAUAGUCUCCACUGAAAGUUCUCUCCGGGAUGGCGGUAAAGUUUUAUGAAACCGUCUAUUGGAGGUUAUGAGGAAACCUACAGUAACCUCCCCUGUGAGGGGGCUCUUUUUUUUUAGGCCAGUUACCCUCCCCUGCCCCCCCCCCUGCCCCUAUCUUACAAACCACAACAGAGCAGCAAAACCCCUUCAGAACCCCUUCCCUACACACAGAGGUUUGAUACAAGUGGGAAAAUGAAAUUAGUUUGUAUGUAGGCCUCUCAGAUGAUUUGCUCUGUGAUUAUAGCUAAUGUAUUUAUUUAUUUUAACUGUGAAGAUGAGCAAAUAAACAAAUAUUUACCGUAUUAUUUUUUUGUUUUUAUUUCGGGGGAUGAGCUGUUUCGUAUUUAAGUGUGCAAUUUUGAUAAUUAUGUAGUCCUACUAUGCAAAUAUAUGUUUCAUAUCAGAAGAACAUUA